AACAACAAAAACAAAAGCCAACAGCUCAGUUGCAUAUAUGUACAUAUGUACGUCACAUAUGCCUACAGAGCAAAACCAGACACUUCGUUUCUAUGCCCAAUUUAACCUCUUUACUUUUUUGGUUUUCAAAUUAACAUUCGCGCUGUUUUUAUAAGAAAUUAAAUUGUGUUGUUGUUGUUGUUGGCAUAGCGCAUUUAAACUGGCCUGGCCUGGCCUGGAAAGCAACUCGACCUCAACAAAAAGCGAAACAACAAUAACAACGAAAAUGUAUUCGGCGGUGCGCACAAACGACUUUGAAUAUCCCGAAUCGGAAAUGGACGAUCUGGAGAGUCUCUACUUCGAUACCAUUUCACUGGCCGACUCAGAGGCCGCAGCCGCUGUCGCUGCCGCACACCGCAAAUCACUCUCUCAAUCACGCAACACCAUCUAUCACUCAGCGGUGGAUUUAGCUGGCGAAGAUACGCCGUCAAAGCGUCGGAGUAUACGUUCCGAGAAUGGCAGUAAAAUUAAUGUGUCGGCUUUGAAUAAUCCCAGCAAUCGUUCAACACCAUACAAUCUAAAUUAUCGCCAUUCCUCAGCGUUGGAACAUUACAAUAAUAAUAAUAGCAAUGCGAAUGAUCACAAUAAUGGUGGUGGGCCGGGUGUUAUUGAUCAAACGGAUGCUGCAAUUGCUGCACAAGUGUUGGCAAUGCACAAUGGCGGACGCAAUACCGGCAACAGCAACAGCAACAGCAACAAUAACAACAACAACAAUAGUAAAAGCAACAGCACACCAGCACAUGUGAACGCCAGCGAUGAGGUCUCUAAGCGUCUCUUACAAAGUAGUACAAAUACUAGUAAAGAUAAGAAAUUGCCAAUUACGUACUCCCAGUGGAAAUUUAGGACACGUCGCCGCUUCCAAGAUGGCAAACGUAGUGUAGAUUUCGUCUUGGCCUAUAUAGGUGAUGAUGAUUAUAUACCAGAGAAUCGGCGUAAACGUGAAAUAUUCGAGACGAAUUUAAUAAAGGAGGGUCUGCAUCUGGAGCACGACAAUACACAGCGCAUACAUUUUAUAAAAAUUCAUGCGCCACUCGAAGUACUUUGCCGUUAUGCGGAAAUUUUAAAGAUAAAAUUGCCAAUGAAAAAGAUACCCGGUCAGGAGCUUAUAAAAGAGGAUGAUUUUCGUUUCAAAGAUUGUCUCACCUCCUUUUGCAGUCGCGUAUUCAGUUGGUUGUAUGUGAGUCCGGAACGGCCAUAUCGCAUACAUUUUGAAUUCUCCCGCAAUUAUCAGCAUCUUUUCGAUUGGGAGCAACCGAAUUUCUUUGACGCCGGCGUACGAAAUGCGAUAAUUAAUUUCAUUUUGGAGCGACAGCAUUUUCUUGAAGGCGAGGAGACUGCUGAUAAUUUGGGUAUUGAGAAAUUACUCGAGGAUGGUGUUUAUCAGAGCGCUUAUCCAUUGCAUGAAGACACAGACCGCGAUUUUCUACUGCAAGAAUGGGCUUCAAUGCGAAAGUGGAUACACCUGCAGCCGUUGGACAGCAUAAAGGAGUAUUUUGGUGCGAAAGUUGCCUUAUAUUUUGCCUGGUUGGGUUUCUACACACACAUGCUCAUACCACUCAGCGUGCUAGGCUUAUUAUGCUUUAUUUAUGGUUUUGUAACGUGGAAUAGUGAUCCCAUUAGUCGUCAAAUAUGCAACGAUAAUCAAACCACACUUAUGUGUCCACAAUGUGAUCGCAACUGUGACUAUUGGCUGUUGGAGACGACUUGUUUAUCAUCGAAACUGAAUUAUUUGAUAGAUAAUAAUAUAACUGUCGUAUUUGCAACGAUAAUGGCGUUGUGGGCUGUCAUCUAUUUGGAGCUCUGGAAGCGUUAUUCCGCUACUCUGGUGCACCGUUGGGGCUUAACUACCUUCUCGCAACACGUCGAACAUCCGCGUCCACAAUAUUUAUCGAAACUACAAAGGCACAAAGACAUCACGGAGCGUUGGAAGAAGAGCAAUAAUAUACUCGAACCGGAUGUGCCAUUUUGGCGCAUCAAAUUUCUGCCCAGCUUCACCAGUUACAGCAUAAUGGUGUUGUUCAUCUGCGUCUCACUAAUCGCCAUAUUCUCGAUGAUUGUGUAUCGCAUGGCGCAAAAAGCCUCACACAGCAUUUUAGGCAAUGAAAAUUCGAUGACAUACAAAAUAAUGGUGCUUCCACUGACGGCGGGUAUUAUCGAUCUAAUCGUAAUAUCACUGCUCGAUUAUGUUUACACUACACUCGCUGUAACCCUAACGAAUUUGGAAUAUUGCCGCACACAAACCGAAUAUGAUGAGAGUUUGACAAUUAAAAAUUAUAUCUUUCAAUUUGUCAAUUACUAUUCGUCGCUAUUCUAUAUUGCUUUUCUCAAGGGCAAAUUUGUGGGCUAUCCCGCCAAAUAUAAUCGUAUAUUGGGCUUUCGACAGGAAGAGUGCAAUCCCGGUGGUUGUUUAAUGGAACUCUGUUUGCAGUUGGCCAUCAUUAUGAUUGGCAAGCAAGCGGUUAAUGCAUUUGUGGAAAUGUUUAUACCGUAUGUAAUGCGUUGUAUACGUAAACUAAUUACGCGCAUGGGCAUGAGUAAAGUGGAUAGUGAAGAAAAGUUGAUUUCAUGUAAUCAAUGGACUGAAGAUUAUCACCUCGUGCCAUCGUAUACGAAUUCACUAUUCUCUGAGUACUUGGAAAUGGUUCUACAAUUCGGUUUUGUAACACUCUUCGGCUUGGCUCUACCGCUAGCGCCACUGUUCGCGCUAGUAAACAAUGUCCUUGAGGUUCGUUUGGAUGCUAUAAAAAUGUUGAAACUUGCGCGACGUCCUGUAGCGCAAAGGGCCAGCAAUAUUGGCGUGUGGUAUAAUAUGAUGGCGAUUGUGACGCGUAUUGCAGUUGCUUCCAGUGCUAUGAUCAUUGCUUUCUCUACAAAUCUCAUACCGAAAUUAGUCUACACAACUGCCACAAAAGAUGCAUCCCUAGAGGGUUAUCUCAAUUUUACGCUUGCUUACUUUAACACAGAGGACUUCCAGGUACAACCGGUGUUGCGGGGGAGCAACUUUGAAAAUGUCACCACCUGCCGUUACACUGAAUUUCGUAAUCCACCUUGGGAUGAGCACCCGUACAAGCGACCAACCUAUUACUGGCAAAUAUUGACUGGGCGAUUGGCGUUUAUCGUUAUUUUCCAGAACGUUGUGGGCAUGAUUCAAGGCAUAAUCGCUUGGGCGAUCGCUGAUGAGCCGAGCAAAUUGCGUAAACGCAUCAAACGUGAAGGUUUCCUCUUACGCGAGCAUAUAAUCGAAUAUGAAAAGAAAACAGCGGCUGAAAAGGCAGCAGCACGACGCGCUAUAGACGAAGCGCAAUACGAAGAUGAAAAACAGUCCAAUACAAUGGACUAUUACGGUAACAACAGCAAAGAAUCAACAACGCAAACGCAAACAGUGCAACGUGAUUAUGGUGAUAAUGAUGCGACUGUCGUUUAUCGAAAUGAACAACGUACAACGCCAUUGUAGAACAACGAUUUACUACUCAUGGUAAUAUAUACUCUAUAAAAGGUUUUUGUUUUCAUUUUUUUUUUUUUUUGUGUUUUUUUUUUUUUUUUGGUAAGCUGAACGUGAUCGAAAUGUUUGAAAUGUAUACAUACAUACAUAAGAGUGUCUUAAUACAAUAAAUAAAAAUGUAUGGGUUUUUGUAAUG